AUGAAACAUAAAGUAAUGAAAAAAUGGUACCAAAUUAUCAAUGCUCCAGUCGCGUUAAACGGUAAUGAGUAUGUUGGUAAUACACUGUCAUAUUUAAACACUGUCUCAAGUGAUAUCUUCGUCUAUGUGAGUGAUUCAGAGAAGCUUCUGCAAUAUGAAACAACUUCGUGCUCCAACAGAAAACUCAUGCGUUGGAGGUGUAAAUGUCUAACACAACAUCUCGAAUUUCAUAAUUCCGAUAGCGCUGGCUUAAUUAACAUCAAACAAAUGUAA